GUCGCGGGCGGGGGGCGGGGCGGGGGGCGGUCCCGUGACGCGCUUCCUGCGCGUGGCGGCGGCGGCGGCGCGGGGCGAUGCCGGGGGAGGCGGUGACGCUGCAGCUGGGGCAGUACGCGGGCUGCGUGGGCGCCCACUGGUGGGGGCUGCAGGCCGCCGCGCUGCGCAGCCCCGCUGAUGGCGCCGAGCUCCGCGCCGCCGCGCUGCUGCGGGCCGGGGGCGGCCGGGAGGCGGCCACGCCGCGGCUGGUAGCGCUGGAGCUGAAAGGCGGCGUGGGCGCGCUGCGGCCCGGGGGCGCGGGCCCGGAGGCGCCGGUGGCCUGGGCUGGGCCGGUGGCCGCCUACCUGGAUCGCGCCUCGGCCGGGGGCUCCGCGCCGCGGGACACCGGCAGCCACACGGCGAGGACAAAGCCCCUCGGCCCGGCGCCCCCCCGUGACCCUCUCCCGGUGACCCCGCAGGACGCCGGUGCCUCGGGAAGAGCGAGCGCCGCGGCCCCAGGCGUGGCUCUGGCCCCUGCGCCCCUCGUCGCCCCCGGGGAGGUUUCCUCGGGCGCCUGCGUGCAGCUCUGGUCUGAUUACCUCAACGUGCACUUGCAUCCCCGGAGCCUCUACGUCAUCCGCCAGUACAUGCACGAUGGGGACUGCGGUUGCCUGGAAGCCUUUGGACAAGGUGAAAGUCUCCUGCAGGAUCCCGGCUGCUUGGAGGAGCUGGAAGAUCGGUUGCACUUUUAUGUUGAAGAGUGCGAUUACCUGCAGGGGUUUCAAGUCCUGUGUGACCUACACAAUGGAUUCUCUGGAGUCGGUGCCAAGGUGACAGAACUGCUCUGCGAUGAAUAUUCAGGAAAAGGAAUCCUGACCUGGGGCUUGACUCCCGUCAUGAGUAACAUGGGAGAUGCUCAGAAGAAUUUGUACAGACUGAUGAACACAGCCCUGGGAAUUGUCCGUCUCUCCAGCCACAGCUCGCUCUUCUGCCCCCUGUCACUCAGUGGGAGCCUUGGGAUCAAGCCACAACCUCCCGUUGCAUUUCCAUAUAUAAACUACAACGCAUCGCUGAACUACCACAGCAGCGCUAUUUUGGCGGCAGCGCUCGAUACCCUCACUGCUCCUUACCGGCUCCAUUCCUCUCAGGGCUCUAUGAUGCACCUUGCCGACACACUGAACUUCUCUGGGAGAAAGGUUGUAGCUGCGUGGGCUUCAGUUCCCUUUCCUGCCCGAUGUGGUUACUCACUCCCCGAUACUUUAUGUGCCUACCAGCAGGAUGUGCCCUGGAAGCUUCUGUCUUCAUGUAGGGAGCAAAAGGUCAGCCACUGUUUUGCUCAGUCUGUUGUGCUACGAGGAAUCUGCAAAGAAAGUCCCACCAGCAGCCGUCCAGGAGAGCUGCCCCCUUCACCGCUGCACGCCUGCGGGAGCACCGAGCAGAUCCUGCAGUGUUACCUGCAUGCAGCGUUCCCCGGGGCAUUCAGCACAGCCCACGUGCUUGAGCAGCCGUGUCAUACCCUACCUCCGUACCCCCAGUUUUUUUCUCCGCUUCUGACCAGACAAGGCUUCCUCCUGAACAAACCUCCUGGUUAUUCCUCAGCAGCUGUUGAAAGCAUCCCUGUGCUCGCAGCCCUGCAGUCCUCGCCGGUUUUGCACACGCUGCUCUACAGCCUGUACAAGGAUGUGCGGAAGCUGAACAUGGGGCGAUGGGCCAGCUUCUUCUCUGCUGGGGUGGAGCCAGAUGACUUCCAGGAGGCCUUAGAGGAGCUAAGAACUCUAUCCCAGUGCUAUGAAACAGGGGUGGAAGCAGAUGAAUCUGAAGAUGAAGCAGAUUCAGACUAACAUCUUUAUUACUAAAGAGUGGAAGGAGGAGUGUCGUUCAAGUCAUUUCCAAAAUAAAGGGACUGGCUUUAAAGGUGGCCCAACUGCUACUUUCUCUUAGUUUCAUAAAAGCCCUGUUACAAAGGCUGGCUUAAAUACUCCAGCUCCUUGCAGUUGUGUUGUAAAGGAAGAAAGCUGCUUUUUGGAGGUUGUUUUUGUAUGUUUGGGGUUGUUUUUUAAAACUUUGCAAAGUGAAUUUACUCUGCCUGUUAGAGUAAGACCACACAAUAAAUACAGAAUUUGGAUUGUA